UGGAUUCAUCUUUCAGGAAUUAAAGGAAAGACACUUUCAAUAUCAAAAAAUUAUAACAGGCAAAGGAGAAAUCAUCAUAUAUAUAUAAUAGAUAGGGGUAUCACGAUAUAGAGAGAGAUAGAAGAAUCUGGGUGUAUAUUCUUUAACCAUCAUCUCUAUAGAUCUACAUUUUUAUUUCAAUAUAUUGUACAUUAUUAUUAUAGAAAGAAAAAGAAGAAGAAUCAUAUAUCAACCCAUAUGGAUACUGAUAAUACAGUUGCCACCAGUUCAAAACCAAGUUCAGGUCCUAAGAAAAGAGUUGUGCCUAUAGAUGCAUUAGCUAUAACUGAAUCACUUGGGUUUCAAAUCUUUCGUCGUGAAUCAAGAAAGGCAUGGACCAAAGAAGAAGAUGCUUAUUUACUUCAUAUCAUUAAGGAAGCUUAUCCUUAUAAGUAUACUCAACUAGAUGUGGAAGAAGUUCAAUGGGAUAAGAUUGCUGAGAUUUUAUCUCCUGAUGGGGUUAGAAAAUCAACUGAUUGUCGUAAAAGAUGGUCAAAUUCUCUUGAUCCUAAUUUGAAAAAGGGUAGAUGGUCUGAUGAAGAAGAUGAUAGAUUAAGAGAAGCAUAUGCUAAAUUUGGUCCAUCAUGGCAAAAAGUAUCUGCUGUAAUUGAAGGUAGAACUGAUGAUCAAUGUGCUAAGAGAUAUUUAGAAGUAUUGGAUCCAAGUACUAAAGAUCGUUUAAAACCAUGGACUCAAGAAGAAGAUUUACAAUUGAUUCGAGCCGUUAAAGAACAUGGAACCAAAUGGAGGACCAUAUCAACUUCUAUUAGUGGUAGACCUUCAUUGACUUGUCGUAAUAGAUGGAGAAAGAUUUUAACUGAUGUAGUAAGAGGUAAAGCCAAUGAUUUAAUUAAACAAGAAGUUCAAUUUGCUACUGAUGGUAAAACUGAAAUCAUUGAUGUGAUUGGUAAACAGCAAGAAGAGUUAACUAAUGGAAAUAUAGCAUCAGGAUCAGCUAAACCAGUUACUAAGAAAUCAACUUCAUCACCAAAGAGUGAUAAAACUGUUCAACGGAAAAAACUGAAAGCUUCAUCUAGACCCGAUCAUCCUGAUUUAGAUUCAAUUCAACAACCAGAAUCAUCACGUUCAUCAUUUCAAACAACAAAACCAUCAUCACAUCCACAAGAAACCAUGAAACGUGCUAUAACGUUCCCACCCGCUGCUAAUACUCAUGUAGAAUGGAGAUACACUUUAAGUGAUGGUAAUGAAGAUUUACCUCAUAAUCGAUUAUUCGAUAGUGAGAAUGGAGGAGUUAUUAGAAAUCAAGAAUUAGUUAAGAGUUUAAUAUCAUACGCAUCAGAGAAUGAUUUAGAAAUCACCGUCCAUCAACAUAUUCAUCAUCAUUAUUCUCCUCCUCAACCUCAAUUUCCUGCUGAUGGAUAUAAUUAUCAAUCAAGUACAUCCCCAUUGAAUAUUGUUGGAAAUGCCGAUCCCGGCCAUAAACCAAGCCCUGGUAGCAAUGCAUCAGGUAGCCCUCAAACUAAUCUGGCAUUCUAUGCUGAACCUGAAACUCAAUUAACUAGAAUCCAACAUUUUAAUUAUUUACCUCCAUUAACAGAAGUUCCAAAAUUAGUAUCCAAUACUUCACCACCAACUAGUACAAAGGGAACCAACGAUGCUGCUACUACUGCUGCAGAAGGUAACACUCAACAUCAUCAUCAUCACCACCAUCAUCACCAUCAUCAUAGUUCUACACGUAUGACAAAUGUGAGAAAAACAUCAUCAUCAUCUAGAAGUUAUUCUGAAAUGGAUAAUAAUCUAACUAAGGAAUCUGAUUUACUUAAGAUUUUGAAUCAAAAUGAAGCAUCGAGAAGUAGUACGAAUAAUAAUAACAAUCAAACGAUUAGUCAUAUACGAGAGAAGACACCACAAGCGGAUCCACUAACGCCAUUGACUCAAGCGGUUGAGAUGGUUGCUGCUGCUGAAGAGAAUAAUAAGAAAAGAAAUGCGGAAGAUAUUCUUCAUACUACUACUAAUAAGAAAUCAAAAUCGAAAUAUGAUUUACCUGAUGAAGAAGGAUUAGAUUUCUGGGAAACAAUGAGGAAUUUGACGGAUGUUCCUACUAAUCAAGGACCACAACUUAUUGAAAGAGUAUCACAACCACCACAACUUCAACAAAGUUCGACUGUUGUUAAAUCAACAUCUCAAUUCCAUCCUCAACAUUAUUUUGCUAGUGGUAAUAACUCGAGAGAGAAUACGGCUGAAGCAAGAAACAACAAUGAUGAUGAUGAUCAAGAUGAAGAGGAUGAAGAGGAGGAAGAAGAUGAAGUUGAAGAUGACGAAGAAGAAGAAAUUGAAGGUAUAGAUCCAGAAAUUGCCAAUUCUUAUGGUUUAUUCUAUAAUGUUUAUACAAAAGAAGGGUCAGUUAUACCGGAAGGACAACCAUCACAAAACCAGAAUCCACCUCCCCCUGGAUCCGUAUAUGAUGCGUGGGGUGGAGGGUUUGGUAUUAUCCCUUUCAAUCCUUCUUAGAAGCUACAUAUAUUCAAAUUUUUUAUAUAUUGAUACUCUACACAUACAAAGUAUAUAGAGAAGUCAUAGACGACGACACCCCAAAGCCAAAGCCUCGAGCUAAUUAUUUAAUUAAUGCAUAUGAUAACGUUUACCCACCACUACAUCUUACAGUACUAACCUGAUUAAAAUUAUCAUAACUAACUUAUAAGCCCAUACAAUGGAAACUGUUAUUGUUCACUUUAAACUCGUAUUCCUGUUAAACAAUGAUAUUAUGCGAGUUCCUAACAGACGAAAAAAAAACAACAAAAAAAAAAAAAAUCCCAAAUUUUUAAAAAUGUGUCACAAAAUUUAAAUUUUUAAAAACAGCCAUAAAAAGAAAAAAUUAGGCAGCCAAAGCUAUUUUAAACAGUCGA